AAUCAUUUGAGUUUCUGCAAUUUCUCCACCAACGACGAUGUCCUCGCAGCUUUCAGCGACGAGCAAGGUCUCGUUUACGAUUCGCCGUCCGACGCCUGUCUCUCGGGCCACAUCCUCUGGCGCCGACUCAGACUCUGGCUCGUUUAAAGUCCCUUCUCUUCCUCGUCAUCUCACCACAGAUUCUGGUACCGGCAGUCCCCUCGCCCGCGAUGGCGGCGCAUCUCCAAAGCGCACCUACAGCGAGCACAGGUACGAAGACGACUCUAGCGAUGAGGAGGAUGAUAGGAUUCAAGACGAGCUCGUGACCGGAUUCGACGAGUUUGGUGUACAGCGCCUAUAUGAAAGGAAGAAGAAACAAGAAGGUCCGCUUGUUAUCGCACCUUUGCAGAACAAGGAUUGGCGCGAGUUGGCACGAAAAAGAAAGAGUGCGAAGCAAUAUGUCCCUGCGUCUGCUGCUGCACAAACCGGAAAGGAUGGCAGUGUAGGUGGGCUCGGUACGAGAGAUACGAUUAACUCGGGACCAGUGAAAGCCGGGCUGCAGGUGAAGAGGGUCAAAUUGGAGACAGAAGUUGGCAGUAAUGGCAGCGCAAUAAAAAUGGAAGAGGUAGAGACCGUGGUUCACGAACAGGAAAGUGUAAAAAUGGAGGUGGAGGAAACAGAAGACCAAAGGGCCCUUCGCGCUCUCCUUUCGCAAACAGACGGUCAACCCAUAGAUGAAAAUACUGUCGACAUCAUAGAGACACCCCUCUCUGAAACAGACGCAUAUAAGCAAGACGUGUCUGAACUUCCAGAGAGUGCAUCGCUAGACGCCUAUACGCGGAUACCUGUAUCACAAUUCGGGGCCGCGAUGCUUAGAGGGAUGGGUUGGAAAGAGGGGACGCCCGCUUCGAGGACUAUGGCGAAUGGGAAGAAGGCAAUGGUAGAGCCAUGGCUGCCUACUGCAAGGCCUGCUCUACUUGGUCUCGGAGCGAAGGAAAGAGAAGUGUUGGAUGAUGGAUCGGCUUCGAAAGGAGGGAAGGGGAAGAAAAGGCCCGAAAAGCGAUAUGUACCCGUGAUAAAGCGAGAGAAGGAUGGAGAAAGUAGAGCACUGUCGCCAUCGCCGCGUGCCGGGUCGAAGUCGGGUUCGGCAACAGGCUCUGGCAAAGUGUCUCGACGGAGCUCGAGAUCACCUUCAAGAAGGAGAGAGACGGAUCGACACCGUGAUAGAGACAGAGAUCGUCGCGAAGAUUACCGCGAAGACGACCGCGACAGGAGAAGGGAGCGUGAUUAUUCUACAGAUGGUAAAAGGGACUCUAGUCGGCGAAGGAGUGACAAGUCUGACGAAAGGCGGGAUAGAGAGCGGCGGUAAUAUUAAUGUGACACUUGGUGUACUGUAUCUUAAUAGUGAUGUAACAAGAAUAUCAAUCACUAUUAGUAGCGC